CUUCAGAGAUUUCCAAAAUUUGAAAUAUCGCGACAUUGAAGAUGGCCGAUCAAUGACGAGAGAAUAAUAUUUGUUUUGAAAAAUAGUUUGAUACUUUUAAAUACAUAAUUUCGAUAUAUAAAGUAAAAAUAAAGGAACAAGAUGACCUCAAGUGCAAGCCGAAGAGAUGAAGUGAAAAAGGAACAUAUUCCUGACAUGAUUACUGACCCGACAACGAGAAAACGAUAUUUGAAAGGUCGAUUUUUAGGAAAGGGUGGUUUUGCAAAAUGUUACGAGCUACAAGACCUCGAUACAAAAGAAAUAUUUGCUGGAAAGAUUGUGUCAAAAACCUUGCUUGUCAAGCAGCACCAGAAAGACAAGAUGACACAAGAGAUUUCCAUACACAGAGAAAUAUCAUACAAGCAUGUGGUGAAGUUUCACAGCUUCUUUGAGGACCCGGAUAAUGUCUACAUUUUACUGGAGCUCUGCAGGAGAAGGUCACUGAUGGAGUUACACAAGAGAAGGAAAGCUGUGACGGAGCCUGAGGCACGAUAUUUUGUGCGGCAAGUUGUUCAGGCAUGCCAGUAUCUUCACGGCCACAACAUAAUACAUAGAGAUCUCAAACUGGGUAACCUCUUCAUCAAUGAUGACAUGGAUAUCAAGGUUGGAGACUUUGGUCUGGCUACAAGGGUUGAUUACAAUGGAGAAAGAAAAAGAACACUUUGUGGAACUCCCAACUAUAUAGCACCAGAAGUUUUAGGGAAAAAAGGACACAGCUUUGAAGUAGAUGUUUGGUCACUAGGAUGUAUCUUAUUCACAUUACUGGUUGGGAAACCUCCAUUUGAAACUUCAAACCUCAAAGAUACUUACACAAGAAUCAAGAAAAAUGAGUAUCAUAUACCAUCAAGAGUAAGUCCCUGUGCUCGAAACCUCAUACAAAAAUUGCUCAAGGCUGACCCAACAGAAAGACCAAAUAUGGAUAAUAUUAUGGAGGAUGAGUUUUUCACCUCAGGAUACCUACCUUCAAGAUUGCCCACCAGUUGUCUCACAAUGGCUCCAAGAUUUGAUACUCUUGCUAAAUCCGAGUCCAUGCACAGAAAACCUCUACUUGAACUGAAUGGAACUGAAAAGACUACAGCCCAGACCAUUGAGUCUAGAGCGAAGGAUCAGAAGAGACCAAUGACACAAGAUGGUCUCCUUGCAGAAAGAGGUGGGGGAGAUGAGGGACAGAAAAGAGGUGAGGGCGAGCCUGUGGAUUUCUACCUCGGUGACCUACUAGCUCAACUAUCAGCUGUUGUGGCUGCCAAACCAUCAGAGCGUAUCAAUAUAUGUGAAGAUGAGGCUGAGGAUCCAGCUUCUAUUCCGAUCUAUUGGGUGAGCAAAUGGGUUGACUAUUCAGACAAGUACGGUCUAGGUUAUCAGCUGUGUGAUAACAGUGUUGGUGUACUGUUCAAUGAUUCUACAAGGCUGAUAUUGCUAGCAAAUGGAGACAAUGUUCAGUAUAUAGAAAGAGAUAGUACAGAACACUUCCACACCCUCAAAGUCUUUCCAGAAUCCCUUACAAAGAAGGUCACACUGUUGAAGUACUUCAGGAACUACAUGAGUGAACAUUUAUUAAAGGCUGGUGCAAAUAUUACUCCCAGGGAAACUGAUGACAUGGUCAGAUUGCCUUUCUUGAGAACAUGGUUCCGGACACGCAGUGCAAUAGUACUUCACCUCAGCAAUGGAACAUUACAGAUAAACUUCUUUCAGGAUCAUACUAAGAUCAUUCUGUGCCCACUGAUGCAAGCAGUGACAUAUAUUGACGAGAAACGUGAAUCACGUGUAUUUAAGUACUCAUUGAUAGAGAAAUUUGGAUGUAGUAAAGAACUUUCAAGUCGAAUAAGAUAUGCUAAAACAAUGGUAGAGCGCCUGAUUACCUCAAAAUCAGGAUCAGGACGUGUAAGAUCUAGCGCACCUUCUCAAUGAUGAAAGACUAGUGUGAAGAGUAAUUGUGUAUAGACAUUUUCAGUAAUUGCGACCAGAGUGCUUUUCAGGGCAGCAUUAAAGUGUUGAAGGACUUACUUGCCGUGUCUAGAAUAAAUGUUGCCUGCGAGAAUAAAUGAUUAGAAAAAUCAUUCAUUGUUAAUAUCAUUGCCAAAAGUGUGAAUAAAGUCAAUCAUUCAUUGAAUUGAUAAUUGUUUGAUGUACAUCAGUCAGAGUUGCAAUUGAGCUGAUCUCCGUUUGAAAGAGAGAAAUGUAUUUGCAUUGGUACAAGUGUGAGUUUGACGUACAGUCCAGUAAUUAGAAUUGUCUUUCAUAUAGAAUAUUCAAGGAAUUUCAUGUAUAAAUGAACAUUAAAUGGAUGAAUUCUGCAAGGAUGGGAUGUAUGGUCCCCCAUAUUGUUGUAGUAGAAAUCAUGUUCCAAAUUGUUUUUCUAUCAAAUGAGUGCGAGUUGUAUAAUAUAAUAAAUCAGGAUUGUAUAUAUGUAAAUUGAAUACUUUUAUUCCUCAUUAUGCAUAAACUUACAAAAUAUCUGUCCCUCCAAUGCUCUUGUUAUCUUUCUGCAUUUUGAUUAGCAUUAUGUUAGUUUUGGAAUUAAGACAAAUAGAUCCAUCUCUGCCUUGAAUUGAUAAUAGUGGUUCUGAAAUAUUGUCAGUAGGGUUGUUUUCCAUGAAUCUCACCAGCUAAACGAACGAUUUCUGAAAAAAAUUACUUGCAGUGAAAAAUUUCUUUGAUCUCUGUUGUUGUAGUGGUGAAUUACAUACAUAUUGGACUGAAAUCUAGUAUUUUUUCCACACUAUUAAGUCUUUCUUGAUGUGACAGCCUUCUUAUAUAACCUUUGUUUAUACUAUGUCUUAUUUAUUGUUUUAUAUGGGACUUGUGACACUAGAAUCUUGUUUAUAGAAUUUGUGUAAAUCAAAUAACUAUGUCAGUAUAUUAGAAAACUAUUUGCAAUAUUGAGAAACACAAUUUUUUUCUCUUUUUGUUGUACAGACGGACUUCUUUAUGGAUACAGCAGGUUUCAACUGUAGCCUGAUUUGUAUGGAUCAGUACGUUUCAAGGGUAUGAUAUAUACCUGGGGAAUUAUACUUUUGGGGGGAAAAGAACUGUUUUCUAAGGGGAAAUCCAAAAUCUAACAUUGGAGCAGCUUACAUUCUUGUUCUCCAUUCUACCUCUAACUUUACUGUGAUAGUUUAAAGUGAACUGAAAUAAGAGGUAGAAUAUGGACUAGUAUAUUUUAAAGAAUGUUUUAACAAACAAACUCGUCAUUUGGAGGGGUAUGAUGUCAGUUCUUUGUAUUUAAAAUUGGAAAUAAGUUGAAAGCUGUAUAUGUAAUAUGCAUUUCCAAAUAUGCAGUAUAUUUACAUAGACAUUACACAGAUUGACUUUUUUCAGAAUUCUCUAUUUUUGAUUUUGAGUAAAUUUGUGAACUCUGAAAAUUACAGAGAAGUGGGUAGUUUAAAUAUUAUUUCUAUCUUUAUGUUGAUUUAUAAACUCAAUAGAGUAGACAAAUGUGAUGGAACAAGAGGUAGUUAUGAAGUUACCAAGACAGUUGGCGAGAUUAUAAUAUGUAAUACAGGUAUAAGCUCGGUCCUUGCCUGACACAAAGUGCAUAUUGUACAGUACAGUGCUAUCUAGCUGUUAGUCCAUGUAUUACUAGUCCUUACAUUUGUUGAUUAAAUGUGCCGAGUUGAAACCUUGUUAUAUCAUUUCAACUGUGUAUUAUAACAUCGUUGAGUUAUUUCAGCUGUGUAUGAUAAUUGCAUCAUUGAACAAGUUCAUAUUUUGUGAUAUUGUCGAUAAAAAUAUGAGUUCUUGUAAUAAAAUUAUAAAAACA